UCCACACAAGGCCUACAGGCCCCCGCUUGUGCUGCCGCCAUGUCGCUAGUGAUCCUUGAAAAGUUCCAGGAUAUUUUGCGAGUACUCAACACCAACAUCGAUGGGCGGCGGAAAAUAGCCUUUGCCAUCACUGCCAUUAAGGGUGUGGGCCGAAGAUAUGCUCAGGUGGUGUUGAGGAAAGCAGACAUUGACCUCACCAAGAGGGCAGGAGAACUCACUGAUGAGGAGGUGGAACGUGUGAUCACCAUUAUGCAGAAUCCACGCCAGUACAAGAUCCCAGACUGGUUCUUGAACAGACAGAAGGAUGUAAAGGAUGGAAAAUAUAGCCAGUUUUCUGGACGAUAUGAGCCUUUGGAUUUUUUGAAAGCAAGUGAAUUUCUUAUUGAUGGCAAAACAAACAAACAAACAAAAACCCAUGAUGUUUUCAGAGAAAGAGAGAACACAGCAAUUGACCCAGAACAGGACAUUUACCUGAGAACAUUCCUAUCUCCUCAUCCUUCUCUUGCUCUUCCUCAUUCCCAGAGCGUCUUCCUCAGAUGA